AUGUCUCAGAUUUCUCCUUCAAAGAAGACUACUUCACGCUCUGAAACUGCAUCCGACUCUAGGGCACCAAAUAUGGUGGGUGAUCAGGAUGUUGCGCUAGAUGUUGUGCCAUUGAACUCCGUGCCGCCUACUGAUCCUGUUGGUAGUAUACCAAGAAAGAUGCAUGUAAGAAAAUCAACCGGUGGGUCUAUUCCAGAAAUGUUUUCUGCUAGGGAUAAAGAGGGCUCUGCUUAUGUUCACAAUGCGAUCGCAGGUCUUGUCACGAGAAUCUUGAAUGAAGGUCACAAGGUAGAAGGAAUAUCUGUUCCUUUAGCUCAAGCUCCUGCUCCUGAGAACAGCAAAGACGAUCAAGUUGAUGCUAGCAAAGAUCAUGUUGAUGUCGAAACAUCUGAAGCUAACAUUGUUGAGAGUUCUCAUGAUAAAGAAGUUGAAGCAUCUGAAGAUAAAGAUGCAGAGAUUUUUGAAACGGGGAAAGCUGAAGAGGUCACUGCUACUUCUCCUAAAGAGAAGCCUACUCGCCCUACUGACAAUGCAAAUGAUGUGGUGGAUCUGGAUAAUCUUGAUGAUCCUAUUGACAUUGCUGAUGAUGACCUCAUCUCUAGCAUUUCCAACAGAGUCAAGGCUCGAAGGGGAAAGCAGGUUGAUGAUCAACAUCCUCCCAAGACUAAAGUUGCUCCUCUAAAGAAUGCCACCAAAGAAAAGAUCAAGAAGGUCUCUGCUGAACCUUCAAGAACUGGGAGCAAGGUUGAUGUGAAGAAGAGAAAAGAAAGAAGUGUUUCUGACUCCGAAGACAAUGUCCUAAGUGAUGUCCCUGACAUCCCUUCAAAGAAGAAGAUUGCUGUCACAAAAUCCUCCACAAAGGUUCGUGAUGUUCCCUUGGACAACAUUUAUCUGCACUAUGCUUCAAAUGCUAUCCAGUGGAAGUUCGUUUAUCAAAUAAGGUUGGCUCUGGAAAGAGAACUUGCAAAUGAUGCUCUGGAAUGUCAAGAGGUCAUGAAGCUCAUCAAAUCUGCAGGUUUGCUUAAAACUGUUACUCAUUUUUCUAAAUGCUAUGAAAUGCUUGUGAAGGAGUUUAUAGUUAAUUUGUCUCAAGAUUGUGCUGAUGGGAAAGCUGAGGAUUUUCAUAAGGUAUAUGUUAGAAGAAAAUGUGUAGAAUUCUCCCCAACUGUUGUCAAUCUCUAUCUAGGUAGGGAUGAUGAGGCUCAACCUGAUCUUGAAGUGACUGACAAUGAGGUCUGCAAAGUUAUCACUGGUGGUAAGGUUAAGAAGUGGCCCAUAAAGAGUAAAUUGCCUGCUAGUCUUCUUACUGUCAGGUAUGCAUUGCUACACAAAAUUGGUGCUGCUAACUGGGUGCCAACCAAUCAUACAUCUACCAUUGCAGUGAGACUAGGUAGAUUCAUAUAUGCAGUGGGAACCAAGACUAAGUUUGAUUAUGGGACUUACAUAUUUGAUCAAAUUAUGAAGCAUGCUGGUACCUCUGCUACAAAGAUGCCCAUUGCCUUUCCAUCCCUGAUAUGUGGGAUAAUUCUUAACCAGUUCCCUGGGAUACUGAAAGCUAAAGACUUUGUGUGCAAGAGGGAGAGUGCCUUGUCAUUCCACUAUAAGCUGCUUCAAAGGUCAGAUGACAUAACAUCUGAUGGGACAUCACAAACCAGCAAAUCUGUCUCAAAAUCCUCUCUUAGUGCUGAGCUGAAAGAGACUUGUAAAGAGUUGGACAAUAGGAAGAUGAAGCUUGAAAAGCUCAUUCAAAGCCUUGAGCAGUCUGCAGAUGAAAGUAAUGAUGAAGACAAUAGUGGUGAUAGUGGUGAUGAUGAAGAGGCUGAGGAUAGUAAAGGUGCUGGAGAGCCUGGGAGUAGUGAUGCUGGUGAAGAGACUGGUGGCUCUAGUGAUGAAGAAACUGAUGGAUCUGAAGAUUAUCCCUACAUCUUUCAUGCUGUUUCUCUUGUGGUUGACUUAGUGUUUCUCAUUUUGUACUCUUGUUUUUGGUUUGGCUCCUUUUAUGGCUAA